AAAUGAUAAGAAUCCCAUUUUAGAUAUUUAAUAGUACCCAAUGUUCACACAGGUAAACCUUUAAAUAGUCGUUUAAUAAAAAAUUAAGGAAAUGCUAAUUAACCUGCAGUAAUUAAGGCACAUCACGACAUGCGUGCGUGUUACUUAAAAAAAAACAAAUCAAUAUGUCGGCACGGGGCGAGGUGUUUGUCAACAUUCUAUCGAUCCACAUUUAAAAUUCAAGACUUCUCACUAACUGCGUCCUAAUCUAAAUAAAAUUAAACAAAUCCGGAAAAUUGCUAAAUUAAUAUCAAAAGUGUAAAAAAACAGUGUCAGUGACAACAGGCGAAUAUUAAGAACUUACGCAGUUCAAAUCUUCUAUCAACACAAAAACUACGCAAGAAUUUCUAAUCAGAGUUUUAAGUGGGUUAAAAAACCUUAACCGUGAUUAUUUAUCCAGCUAUUGUUACGAAUUGAAAUACCAAGUGAAUAGCGAAAACCGCAAAGUCACCAUGCCGUGCUGAAAAAUCAAUAAAAUCUGCAGUGUUGCGUUGCUAAGUUUUCGUAUUUAAAUAUGCACUUAACAACCUCGUGCCGUCCCAAGAUGCUACGAUUCGAAAUUUGAGAAUGGAAGGCUUGUUCGACCAAAGAAUGUCGCCGAUUAUAAAGUGUGUUGUUUUAUUCCUGUUUAUUUUUACGGCCAGAGCUCUAACUUCGAGACCGCAAGAGCCCCAGGACAAUAAAAACAGCAUCCAGCAAGUGAAACCUUACCAUUAUGUCCGGACUUUCACCAAAUACCAUCAUAGGAGAACAAUCCAGUGGAACAAUAAUAAUAAUAUGCAAGAUGACUGGCCAGUGACCCAUGACCAGCCAAAACUGGUUGCUAAAAGGAGUGUUCCGAAUUUAAAAGUUGUUGACGGUAACUGGCCGGUCGUAAGGAAAAGAAUACGGAAAAGAAGUGUGAGCAUUCCAAAUUUGAAUGAAUUUGCACCAGAUUCAAAUUCUGCCAACAUAAUAGGGGAUCAUAAUGCCAUAAGUCCGGGUAGUCCUGCUAAACUAGAGAAAUCUAGUAGGAAUGGGCUAUCCAAUGAUGUCAAGAAGGUCAAAGACAAGAUGGAGUCUCCAACUACAACCAGCUCUAUGGUGUGCCUGUAUAAGGCCAAUAGUAUUGCCAGAAGUACAACCACUUAUAAUGAUGAUAAGGGUGCUCAGAUGACUGUGGAAAAUGAUUUUGAUUCAGACAUACGGGGUGAAAUAACAGACGCAGAACUGAACGGUGAAGCGGUACAAUUGGAACAGUGUACGGACCCACGGGCCAUUUGCUACACUCUUUGGCGCUACGACAAGGCUGGCAACAUCACUGUGCUCGGACAAGGAUGCUGGAAGGCGUCAGAGAGCAGAGUGGACUAUUGCACGCGCCGUAACACGAGAGACAUCAACGCCACCUUCUGUAGCUGCAGCACAAACUACUGCAAUGCUGAUUUUACAUCAAUACCCGAAGAGGUGGUAACCCCCCGCGCGGAGUCCACGGUCCGCACCGCGUCCCUCCAGCCGAACUACUCGAACGCGAUCGCGUCCGCCAUGUUGGCUAUCGUCGCCAUCUUGGUUAUGGUGCUCGUGCUGAGGAAGUUCUACUGCAAACGGCAGGAUUUGGACAAGGACUUGAGCGAAGGGAAACAGGAAAAAGGAGGCAUAAUGGGUACCGGGCCUGAUGCUUUAGCAACCGGACUCUCCUGCGUGGACAACCUCACCCUUAUAGAGCAUAUCGGCCAAGGCAAGUUUGGAUCAGUUUGGCGCGGCAGUCUCGGUACCACACCAGUUGCUGUUAAGUUAUAUUCAAGCGCUAGCGCGUGGCAGAAAGAGGCAGCGAUAUAUGCGCUCCCUCACAUGUCACAUCCUAACAUACUGAAGUAUUAUGGAAGCGACAGUCGACCGGCACUAGAAGGCGGUCCGCGCUCUCACCUAAUCGUAGUAGAACUAUGCGACAGCACAUUGCGAGCUCGCUUAGAGGAAGCUCCUCUGACUUGGAUCGAGUUUGCUACUCUCGCACACGGGCUUAGUUCCGCGUUGGCACAUCUACAUACUAGCACGCCGUCAAAACCCUGUAUUGUGCACCGCGACGUGAACAGCUCCAAUGUGCUUAUUUGCAACGGACAGGCUCGCCUGGCUGAUUUAGGACUGGCUCAAGUCUUGCAUAGAAAUAAGAGGGCAAACGCUUCUGCUCUUACUGAGGCUGGCACUCUCCGCUACCUAGCCCCUGAAGCGCUAGACGGUGCUCUAGACCUAGACGGCGCCGGCUGGGCGCUCUGCGCCGUCGACGUAUACGCAUUAGGGCUAGUUCUGUGGGAGAUGCUCUGGAGAUGUUCAGGGGCUCAUCCCGGGCCUACACCCCCGCAUGCGGUCCCCUACCACGCCAUGCGGCCCCACAGGGCGAGCAUGCAGACGCUAGUAUCCCGGAAUAAGGCGCGCCCGCCGUUACCCAAGGGACCGGUAUCGGAAGCGAGGGCGCUGAAGAUCGCCAGCGACACUUGCGAUGAAUGCUGGGACCACGACGCUGAAGCCAGAUUAACAGCAGUGUGCGUGGAAGAGCGUAUGGCUGAACUGAAAGCCAUGCUGCAGACUCAAGGGCCAGUCAUCUAUGACAACAAUUUGCAUCCGCAUCAUCCAGGGGACCCCUCGAACCCCGCACCGGAGGGCGACAAGAACUCCAACUGCACGUCAACUCAGACCUGUGACGUCACCACCCCCCUCCUCUACCCGCACCCCCACAUCGGCCGCAACGCCUGCAUCGAGCGCAACACGCACACAAACACACACGACACGCACACACUCAUACAUAAAAGCCUAAAAGACAUCACGGUGCCCGCCGACCCUCCUAGGAUCAACAGUGAACAGUGCCUGUCUGUCGCUAGACCUUCUCAUAGACAGAUUCUAGACUAUGAAAACUCAGACAGAUUUAAUGAGAUUAGAUCUUAUCAAAGACCUUUAGACUAUGUCCCUAAUGACGUAAGCUCCCAUGACGACAGGGGACCGAAACAAACUAAUCUGCUACAAGAAGUCAAAGUUGAAAAACCUAAAUGGGGCAUAAGGAAGUUCUUUGAGAAAAAACUGAACAGGUCUAAAGUUGAAACUGAAGUUAAACUGGUACCUGAAACAACGCAGAACAGAACUAAGACUUCCAUAGUCAACGAGAAACCUAGCAACAUAUUCAGGCCUUCAAAUCUAGUUAUUAAUCAGGAUAGAAGUCCAUUCAACUUCGAAGGACCUUGCACUUUAUCACCACCGAAUAGAACUCUUUCUCCAACGAUGAUGAUAGAAUCUGAGAUGAGGACUGAGAAUAAUGUCUUCGGUUUCAAAGAGUUACCGACAAAUGAAAUUGAUCAACCGAAUCAAGUCUUCGCUGUCAUUGUUCCAAAAUCAAAGCCUAAUUUUACUAAUUUGAUUGAAUUAAAAAAACGGGGAAGCUCAGAGAGUAUUAAUAAAAAUUCAGUUCGUACCUCAAUGUCUUCGCAAAGCAUUUUUAAGUCGGGAAAUUCAGAGUCCGAAGACUCAACAGUCAAGAAGAGACUAAGCUGUGAUAAUAGAAUCAUCACUAAUUCUAACAGUGCUAGUUCUUCAAGAGCUAGCAUCAAUUUAGAACUUCAGUAUAUCGAUAAUCCAACUCCAAACUUCACUGGAAAUACCAGUCCUUUUGACUUAAAUUCUGACUGUUCUUCAAGUGAAGAUGAACAUCUAAUGCUUCUAUCUGAAAACGGGGGCUCAAAAAUAACCAUGCAAACCAUAAAACCCGAGGAAAAAAAGAAAUACCAGAACGAAGUCUUAAAAGAAGCGACCCAUACAAAAACUGACUUUAGUUUCAACAAAUUUCAAAAUAAAUAUACCAACUUUGAUAAUGAAUUUAGUGAUCCUAAUGAUAAAGAAAACUUAGUAAACGGCUAUAGCGGAGAUAACCCUGUUUACUUAGCAGCCUUAAACGGCGAAAUCGAUACAACAGACUUGAAAUAUGUUGAAGAAAAGCCUAAAUCACCGAAGCCGUCUUUGAAAAACUUGACUAUAAAGCGGCAGCAUUCUUUAGAGCAAGUUAGUGAGAUCUUUUCAUCGUCUGGGGACAUUCAUCUACAGAACCCAGCAGGGAGAGUGAAGACUCCUGGAGACUUGCCAGUAGCUGUCCGGAGAGCUAGGAGGGAUAGGGCCUUACAGAAGGGAAGAGCGAACGAGUGCAACAGACUAAGCCUAUAUGACGAUAGGAUGAUGUUCGGUAAUAGUUUGUAAAAGCACUAAAUGUAGUUUUGUACUUGUGACGUCAUUUGGUGUUUAGUAUGGCUAAGCGACUGAUUCCUAUUUAAUUCGUGUUGAAUUUAGGUUUCGACAUGUUAAACUAUGUAUACAGGGUGUCCCAAUACUUAUGGCAAGGUCACUAUAAAGUUAGGCUGGAUCCUUUUCGUAAACCUUCCUGGGUUCGUUUGCCAGGAGACAGUUCAACCAAUAUGACGUCACUUAAUAGUUUAGAUUAAAAAUAAGGCUUUUAAAGAACUUACGGCUACUUCUCUCUCUUAAUAUAGAGAGUAAGAAAGAGCAAACGCCUCGCGCUAAACUUGAAAACAUGUGUCAUUUUGUUGCAUUUGUGAAUUUUACUGCAUUUUUUAAUUUUAUUAAAAUUGGUGCCUGAAUGUUUAAGAUACGACUCUCAUUACUGAUAUAAUUUUGCUC